GGCCUUGGGAUUGCUGGUAGUAAAACCAGAUAUUCCUUAUUCUGCCGUUGACGUAUUCGGAUUGCCGAUAUUUUUUAGUCGCUCAUCCUUCGAGCUGCAACGUCCGUCGUAGUAGCUGCCGAACAUCCGCGGAACUCUGUGUAACGCCUCAUGAUGGCUGCCCUAACCGCACAUGCCGCUGCCUCGGUCGCCUCAUUCGCCUCGGCGUCCGGUAAGGCUACCACGUCAGCAACCACACAGCAGACCACCAUGGCCUGCUCAGCCCGCACCCUCCCCUCCUCCAUGUCCACGUCAGCAUCCGCCUCCAGCUCAGCCACCCCUUUCUUCCAGGGCGCUCGCCUCCCCUCCCUGCGUGCCACCGCACGCGCCGCCGCAACUCCCGCCGCGAAAGGCGGUGCUGUGCAGGUCCGGGCGGGCGAGAUCAUCGAAGUCGAGCUGGAGCGGCCGUACGGCCUCAAAUUCUACCGCGGCGAGGACGGCGCGAUCUACGUCGACGCGCUGUACCCCGGGCAAUCCGCGAUAUUGAGCAAGAGGAUCCAGGAGGGCGAUAAGGUGCUGGCGACGAGCGCGGUGUUCGGCAACGAUAUGUGGCCCGCCGCGGAGUACAGCCGCGUCAUGUACACCGUCAGGCAGCGCGUCGGCACGCUGCUGGUUCGCCUGGAGACCAUGGGAGGUCAGAAGAUCGGCCCGUGGAAGAAGGACAAGUACCUGGAGGAGCGCGCGGCCGGCAACUACGGCGACGCCAUCCGCGAGAAGCAGAUGGAGAACGCCGCGCUGCGGCAAGAGCAGGGCGAGCAGCGCGCCGAGGCUCUUGACAGCGGGCUCCAGCUGUACAAGGCCGGCAAGUACGCGGAGGCGAUGCAGAAGUUCCAGACGAUCAUCGGGCUCGUGCCGUCGUACCGCGAGGAGGCCGUCGCUUUUUACAACAUCGCGUGCUGCUGCUCCAAGCUCAAGCAGACUGAGGGAGGCCUGCAGGCUCUAGAGGCGGCAAUGGAGGCUGGUUUUGACGACUACAAGAAAAUCCGUCAAGACCCCGACCUGUCUUUCCUAAGAGACGAUGACGAGUUUGACGACCUCAUGGACAAGUAUGACGAGCCAAUCAUCAAUGAGAACGCCAUCAAGGCACUCACUAGUGUGUUUGGCCUCUUUGGCAAGAAAUAAUAGCCAUGUGCUGUACAAUAGGAUUACCUGAUAAUUUUAUCUUUGAUUUAUCAUAGAUAUGUUUUCCCCUACUCCCUAGCAUGGGACACUGGGUUAGAGUUGGGUGGUACUCUUUGGUAUGCCUUGUGCUGAACGACUAGGAUUUUGGUAUGCCAUGUGCUGAACGCGUAAUGGAACUGAUCAUAAUGGAAUC